UUGUUAGCUGACAGCCGCAAUGUCUCCUGCAGGUGGACAAAGCUGUGAUUAAGUUCCUCUAUUCCACCAACCUCUAUUUGAGAGUCUAACAUAAGAUAAAGUAUUUAACUAUUACCUGUGGGGGGCAGCAUUAUGUUACGCCAGCGUUCAGCCUGCCGGAAUCUAUUAGAAGAAGAAGAAGAAGUCUCCUGCAGAAGAAGGAGGCGCCAUGAGGAAAUGUUUGCUUUUUAAUUUGUUUGUAUUCAGUAUUUAAUUUUGUUAGCUAAUUUUUGUCUUAAAUAUUUUUUGUGUCAUAAUGUCCGUUGUGGAGGGGCGAGUGGACUCGGUUUUAAAGUUACUGGUUAAUGCGGCGGUCACAGAAAUGUCCAAAGUUUUAUUUGAAACCGCUUCUUCUGAAGAAAAGGUGAUCCAGAUCAGUGUCUUCAUGACGUCUCUGGCCCAAGAUGCUGUGGAGAACAUCUGCCAACUUUUCCAGGAGUGCUCAUCUGUGCUCCAGUCAGAGGUGACCAAGGGUUUAGCCGAAAUUGAGGAUUUGAGGAGAAGACUGGAGUCAGCAGAAAGACAACUGAAGAGCGGAGGAGAAGUAGAGAUUCUGCUGGAGGGGAACAGCAGACAGGAGGAAGACAGUAGAACAACUGCAAAUGGAGGCGAGGCCCAUUUCCACGCACACUCUGUGACACACACAGCUGUUCCUGGGACUGAUGUUGGAUUCCAGACUCCUGUUGUCCUGCCGAAAGGUGGAACUUAUGAGGACAGCUUUCAGAAUGUGAUAAUCAAGGAAGAAGGUUUGGAUGAGCUUGUUAAGCAGGACUCCUCAGAUUCUGGUCCUUACCAAGAGGACCGCAAUGAUCCAGACUACAAGGUAGACUGCAGUGGUGAGUCCAGGUACACCGGCAGACGGAAACAUCUUCUGAAGUCCAAAUCCUGUCAGAGCAGACGAAGAACUGAGAACCAGGACCAGCAGCCUCUGAGCUGCAAACACUGCAGGAAAUCCUUCAGCACGGUGAUCCAGCUCAAAGCCCACCAGGCCAUCCAUAGUGCUAACACCAAGAAACCAUUCCGCUGCUCUCAAUGCAGCAGAGACUUUUCUUUCAGGCGCAGCCUGAGUGCCCACAUGCUGCUUCAUACAGGUGAGAGGCCACACACCUGCAGUGUUUGUGGGAAGGGUUUCACCCUGAAACAUCUCCUGAGGAGCCACCAACAUCUACAUGCCGACGUCCGUCCGUUCCGCUGUGAGCAGUGCGGCAAGAGUUUCUUCAGAUCCCACGGCCUGAAAAUCCACCAGAUUGUCCACACGGGCGAGCGGGCUUACAGCUGCAAGUACUGCAACAAACGCUUCACCAUCCACGGCAACCUGCAGCGCCACCUCCGCAUCCACACGGGCGAGAAGCCUUUCAGCUGUGAGACCUGUGGGAAAAGCUUCAACCAGGUGGACACUCUGAAGGGCCAUCAGAGGAUACACACCGGCGAACGUCCUUUUCGGUGUGAGACCUGUGGCAAGGGUUUUAUCCAGAAAAGCACUUUAAAAAUGCACCAGAAAACCUCACACUCAGGUGAGAGCUCGCUGGCCUGUGUGGCUUGUGGUGCUGCGGUGGCCUGCGUGGAUUCUCUUCGUGUGCACCUCCAGACACACGAGGCGACCAUUCCGUGCAGCUGUGUGGUCUGUGGCCGGUGGGUCGGCUCCAUCACAGAGCUACGCUCGCAUCAGCAGAACCACACCGUGGACAAACCUCACAGCUGUGACCAGUGUGGGAAGAGCUUUAAGUCAGCCAGUUACCUGAAGGUUCACCUGAAGACGCAUAGCGGAGAGAAACCGUUCUCCUGCUCCAUCUGUGGCCACGUGUUUACACAACAAAGCAGCCUUAAAUCACACCAGGUGGUCCACACCGGAGAGAAACCGUUCAACUGCGAGACAUGUGGGAAAUGCUUCAGCAACACGGGCAACCUGAAAAGACACCAGCGUAUCCACACAGGGGAGAAGCCGUUUAGCUGUGACACGUGUGGGCGCAGCUUCAACCAGGGCAACAGCCUGAAGGCUCAUCAGCAGAGCCACACAGGGGAGAAACAGUUCAUCUGUGACAAGUGUGGCAAGAGCUUCUCCUACCUGAGGAACCUGAAGGACCACAAGUGUUUCUACAUCUGAGUUUACCUUCCUCAAUGAGAUGCAAUUCUGGUAAAAUGUAACAAGUGGAAUUCUUCGUUUCCACUCGUGGUCAGUUGUAGCCCUCACCGUAACCAGACGUCUCCUUCAGGCCAGCUGUAGUUGCUGGAUUUUGGACAACCCCAUGAGGCUGUGGUUGGCAGCGUUGCACGUGGCAUACAGGUGACGUGUCCUUCUGUUUCCUGGAGAUGGGUGAGAGGACACCACAGUAAAUUAAAUAUCAUCUAAAGGAAACAGGACACACUGCUGAGAACAACACUGUCCAUACAUUGGACAGGAAGAAUGGUUUGAGUACAGUACCUGGAGUGGGGCAGGGUCCUAAGGCUGUAUGUUUCUGCACGACGAUGCUGAACUUUCAUCCUUCUCCAGGAAAAGGAAGAAUCUAAAAUGCUGUAUUUGUUUUUAACCCAGAAAGUAUCCGAUCACUGCUGUUUAUCAGUUGCCACCCAAGAAUAUGAUCAUGAAAAAUAAUCAAACUUGGAUCAUGCUGCCACCUUUUCGGGAUGGCCAAAGGCAAAGUCUUUAGGGUCCUGAUACUUCUGGUCUUAGUGUCCGAUUGAGAGACCUGGAGGGAAAUGGGUAGCUUUAGUACUUGGUCUCUUGCGGGGAUUGGUGGGUACUGCUGGAGUGACUUUGUGUCCAGUCAGCGGUUACUUGGGGACACCAGGGUGUGUAGUGCUACAUUGUGAGGGAACAUCAGCUCCAACAUUGUGGCAAGGUGGCACUCUUCCCUGAACCUGGAUGUGGCUGCCUCAAUGCUUUGGACCCCAGCAACUGAGCCAGGCUGCUUUCAGGAGUUCUACAUGGGCCGCUGGUCGACCUCAGCGAUCGGUGGUCUGGAUCCAGGGCAGUCCAUAGUAGAGCCCGACCGAUAUGGAUUUUUUUGAGGCCGAUGCCGAUAACGAUAUUUGAAUGAAAAAAAUGCAGAUAACACUAUGUAACAAAUUUUUAUUUUUGUUUUGU